AUGAAAAACAGACACAAGUGAAGAAGCUAGUUGAUGCAGGCCAGCUUGAAUUCAUUAAUGGUGGUUGGUGUAUGCACGAUGAAGCAACAAUGCAUUAUAUAGACAUGAUUGAUCAGACAACCCUUGGGCAUCGUUUUAUUAAGCAACAAUAUAACAAAACUCCACGAGUUGGAUGGCAGAUUGAUCCCUUUGGACAUUCUGCAGUCCAAGCAUAUUUGCUGGGCGCUGAGCUUGGGUUCGACUCUCUGUUUCUUGCACGCAUAGAUUAUCAGGAUAGAGCAAAGCGAAAAGAUCAGAAGUCCUUAGAAGUUGUGUGGCUGGGGUCUAAGACAUUUGGUUCUUCUUCUCAGAUAUUUGCUGGUGCAUUUCCUGUUCACUAUAGUCCUCCACCUGGUUUUCAUUUUGAAGUUAAUGAUGAUGAUGAUCCAAUUCAGGAUGAUGUUCUUCUUUUUUAUUACAAUGUUGAUCAAAGAGUAAACGAUUUUGUCAAUGCAUCAAUUACCCAGGCCAACAUUACUCGUACAAACCACGUUAUGUAGACAAUGGGAGAUGACUUUCAGUAUCAAUAUGCAAAUUCUUGGUUCACGCAAAUGGACAAGUUUAUUCAUUAUGUAAAUAAGAUAUGCAGAUAGUGAAAAUGCUUAUUGGACAGGAUAUUUCACAAGCAGGCCAGGUCUCAAGGGAUAUGUUCGCUACUUAAGUGGUUAUUAUCUAGCAGCACGACAGCUUGAAUUCUUAGUUGGCAGGAAAAGUGGGAGCUCAAAUACAGAUCUUUUAGGUGAUGCUUUGGGAAUCGCACAACAUCAUGAUGCAGUUAGUGGCACUGAAAAGCAACACACUGCAAACGAUUAUGCUAAACGUCUUGCAAUUGGAGCUUCUCAGGCAGAAGAGGUAGUGAAUUUAGCUCUCUCUUGCUCGACAAGCUUAGAAACUUUUGGCUGCCCUUUUAGUAGAGGGGC